CGCCGCGCUCUUUCCAUGCUUUCCCCUCAUCAAUGCACCCCUUCCUCGGCUCAAACUUCUCAGACUUGAAGCUAUGGAUGUUAAGCGUGUAUUAGAUGAGGAGCCAGAGCAUGGGACAGGCGCUGUCUCGAGGGCCAUGAAUUCGAUGGCAGAGACAGUGCGUCCACUUUUGUCUAAGCAGGCUCAAAAAGCCUACCUGGGCACUCUGCUUUUUGUUCUGACAGCUAUAUGCAUGGUGUUCAUCUCUGCAUUUGCGUAUGCGAUCUUCUAUUACAACUUCAUCCCGCAGGUCGGGCUAGAGCGCAUUGUUCACAUGCAGUUCGAUGAUGGCCAUCCCUGGGGAGUCGCGUCCUUGGGUUCGGAUUUGGUAUCUCUGCAGAUGUAUGAUGUGCAGGUAGAGCUUGAGCUACCACGGACCCCCUCAAAUGUCGCUGCUGGUAAUUUCAUGCUUGACCUGGCGCUCUACUCUCCGCCCUCAACAUCUGCAGAGACGGGGUUGAAUACGUCGACUACCCUGCUCUCCCAAUCGCGCCGCUCUGCUAUUCUCACUUACGCCUCCCCUCUGGUCGACACAGCGAACAAGCUGGUGUUGAUGCCAUUCUACGUGCUUGGAUGGAAUCGAGAAGCAGAGAAGUUGCGGGUCGGCAUGCUAGAGAAGGUUCAAUUUCCCCGUGGGCAACGAAACGUCCCGUCCAGUUUGCGCCUGGAGAUUCAUAGUGCGGAGAAGAUGCAAGUUUACAGGGCUAGGGUGACGUUCAAGGCGACAUUCACUGGUCUACGGUGGGUAAUGUACAAUUGGAGGCUCACGUCCUUCGUCAUCUUUGGCUUCAUGUUCUGGAGCGUUUCCAUGGUGACUGCGGGGAUGGUGUGGGCUCUGCUGGCCAUCGCCUUCCACCGCCCGAAGGAAGAGGGGAAAGAUGUCGUCGUCAUAACAGAAAGUGGCAGUGAAGUGCUUGUCAAGUCGGAAGACACUGAUGAACCAUCCUCUCUAUUCGAUGUUCCUUCCGAAGCUUCUCAUAUCAGGGGUACGCAGAUCAAGAAAGAGGAAGAUCUAGACGAUGAGGGGAGCGAUUCGAUUGGGGAUAUGGACGAGGAUCGUGGCGCAGAGUCAUCGGAUGUUUCAGGGACUGGAACUGGACUCGAAAGUGCCCAUGCACGAGGGAUUCAGCGACGACGGAGUCAUCUCACCAGGGCACACUCCUAGCAAUGGCCAUAUUCGCUUGUGUAAUAAUCAGUCGAUACCCACUGCAGACAUGUGGCUUGAUCAAUUUGAAUUGGAUGAACUGCAAAGCUGGAUUGAGUUAGUUCAUGA